AUAAGAAACGAGAAAAGAUUGAAAAGAAUCAACGAAAACAAUAAUGGAUUACUCGUAUUUGAAUCAAGCUGCGGCUGCCGCGGCCGCCGGCUUCGAAGCGUCCAGUUGCGCGUUGGCCGCGAGCGAGAUGCAAUGCGGUUACGGCGAUCUGAGCUCGUGCUCGCAAAUGAGCCAAGCGGCGUAUCGGUACACGGCUGCGAGAGCCGCCGGUUACUCGACGAAUGCCGGCUCGGCGAGCGGCGGUGGUAGCGCGGGUCCACUUGGGGCCCAUCAUGCCUCGCAUCCUCAUGCCCAUCCACAUCAUGGGGCCCAUGCGACUCCGUGCUCCGUAAUGGCGGCCCGAUCGCAGGACGUUCAUCGGCACGCUGCCUCCAUCUUUCCUUCUGCGAUUAAUCUCCAAGGAGGAUUAGGAUACAAACCCUACACGGGACACGACGGUCUCGCGGAAAAGCGGAAACAACGGCGCAUACGGACGACGUUUACGUCGGCCCAACUUAAAGAAUUGGAGCGUGCCUUUCAAGAAACACAUUAUCCGGAUAUUUACACCAGAGAAGAAAUCGCUAUGAAAAUCGAUUUAACGGAAGCUAGAGUACAGGUAUGGUUCCAAAAUCGUCGUGCGAAAUUCCGAAAACAGGAAAGACUGGCCCAACAAAAGUCUUCGUCUCAAGGUGGAAUAGGUGGUGAUAGUGGUGCUUCAAGUCCGGUUGCUGGCAACGUCAAAGCCGAAGGACGUUCGCCAAGAAGUCCUGCGACACCGCCAGGUGGCUCGAACGGUAGUGUCUUACCAUCGAACGAGGUCAAGCCUGUCGCUAAUCCAAAUUUGGUUAAUGUGAAACAUACACCGGACGGUACCGGGGAAAAUAGCUCACCUAGCGCUCGUGCAAACAGUGGAGGUGGUACGUGGGGCUCAUGCAGUCCAAGACCUUUCUCCACGGCGUUACCUUCUUAUUUGUUGGAUCCGCUACCUUUGAAGACCGGAAAUCUUUAUUAAUUUCGUUUCCUUUAUAGAAGGUUACGGUAAGCCGACAAAUUCGUGUAAAUAUAAAGAGUAUCGUCUUAUCGGACUGGUUGCCGAGAAUUUCGGUGUGAUAUGUAGAUACAAGUGUGGUCGUUGAAAUUCAAAUCCGGUGCUGCGACGAAGCGAUUAUUGCAUUCAUCUAAGAAUAAUUAUCAAAAUGCGUUGACACAGUACCGAUCGAAUCGAUUCGAAGAUAUUAAGAAAUAAUUGAAGAUUUUAGAAACAUGUAAGUUAUUAAUGACCACCCUUGUAGCAACGAGUUCGAUUCGUUACCCUGUUAUAUCAGACUUUCGGGAACAUUGUUAAUAGUUAUUUUGUUUUCCGAAGUUCACCGAUAUAUAACUCGAGGACGUUUAAAAAUGGUUGAUCGUUUUAUUUCAUGUUGUAAGUCCUUCUUUGAUCGAUGUAAAUCGAGAAUGAAAAGUGAGGGAAAAAAGUGUACUCGGUAAAAUAUGACUUUGGGAUAAGUUCGCACGUUAAAUUAAUAAUAAAUAUCCGCGUACUCGAUGACUGUCCACGAUAUUCGAUUAAUAGGUACAAAGUAAUGAUUAUUAAAUAAUUUGUUAUUCGCGGAUUUUUAUCCCUAGGAUUCUUCAAACGGUACGUUAAGAUAUUAUCCAUAGUCAUUUGUAAAAAUCGUUACUUAAGAGCGAGGGAAAUAGUUAAAUUCGCGAAUUUAACAUUUAAUCAUGCGAUCA